AUGUCUGCUGGCAAGCUGGCCGCUCAGGUAGGACAUGCUGUGCACGACGCAGUGAUGGGGUGCCCCAAAGCGAAGCUGGAGUCCUGGGAAGACGACGGAUCGAUGAUUGUGGUCCUUCAAGCUGAUUCUGAAGCGGAGCUGAAAGAGUUGCAGUCAGCAGCAACGCGCUUGAAGCUUCAAAGCUUUGAUGUCCAAGACGAAGGUCUCACAGAGGUGGAGGAUGAGACUUUCACGGUGCUGGCCAUUGGUCCCGAUGCCUCCAAUCGCGUGGAUAUGGUGACAGGUACCCUGAAGCUCUACGCCGACGCCGCGGCUGCGGCGAGGACCGAAGCCGCGGAGCUGCGGGAACGGCUCGCGGCAGCGGAGGCGGAGCUGGCAACGCUGCGAGCCAAGGCAGAUUUGUGA